AUGGCUAACAAAGUUUUUACGGUCCAGAUCUUCUUCAUUGUUUUGAGAGAGACCUUGGAAGCCGUUGUCGUCGUUGCGGUUCUUCUUGCUUUCUUGAAACAGAGUUUGGGCAAUAAGAGUCCUGAUGUGUAUAAACGGCUCCGCAAACAAGUUUGGUGGGGUGCUAUGCUGGGUGUUCUUGUCUGUUUGAUUUUGGGAGGUGCGUUCAUUGGUGCAUACUACUCUCUCCACAAUGAUAUCUGGUCCAAGUCCGAAGACUUGUGGGAAGGUAUUUUCUCCCUUAUCGCUACCAUACUGAUUUCCAUUAUGGGUAUUGCCAUGUUGAGAGUCAACAAGAUGCAGGCCAAGUGGAGAGUGAAGAUCGCCAGAGCCCUAGUGACGCCACCUGCCACGAAAGCUGAACGGUUCAAGUUUGGCUACAUCGUCAAGAAGUACUCCAUGUUCAUUCUUCCAUUCAUUACAUGUUUGAGAGAAGGCUUGGAAGCCGUUGUUUUUGUCGGUGGUGUCGGUAUCGGUACUCCAGCUUCUUCAUUCCCAUUGCCAGUGUUUUGUGGUCUAGUUGCUGGUAUCGGUAUCGGUUUCUUCCUUUUCUACGGAGGUGCCACAGUUUCGCUGCAGCUGUUCCUGUGCAUUUCUACUGCUAUCUUGUAUCUCAUUUCUGCUGGUCUGUUCUCUAGAGCAGUUUGGGACUUCGAGACCUACGUCUUCAACAAACAGACUGGUGGUGAUGCUUCCGAAAACGGUUCCGGCCCAGGUACUUAUAACAUCCACAAGUCUGUUUGGCACGUCAACUGCUGCAACCCAGAAAUCGAUAACGGUUGGGAUGUCUUCAACGCUUUGCUCGGAUGGCAGAACUCUGCAACCUACGGUUCGGUUUUGUCGUACAACGUCUACUGGAUCGCUGUCAUAGUGACUUUGUGCUUGAUGUAUUACGAAGAAAGACACGGCCAUCUUCCAUUCACCAAGAACUUGACCCUCCGAAAAUUGAACCCAAUGUGGCACAUCAAGAAGAAGGGUAAGAACGAAUUGUCCGCUGAGGAAGAGGCUCGUCUUUUCAAGGAAGCCAACCGGAAGCUUGCCGAGCACGCUGACAAACUUGAUGGUUCGAGCGAGUCCGGGGCUGCCAAGGCCGAGAAUGUCGCUGAUGAAUCAACUUUUUUGAAAUAA